GGAAGAUUGUUGAGAGGGAAGGCGGCAAGGAGGAGGAAGUAACUCAUUGGCAGUUAUCGCCAGGUUGGGCUGAGGUGAUGUAGUGAACUACACGUCCAGAAACGAGACAGCGACACAGAGAAGAACAAGAUAAGUCACUGUUACCUCACCGAAGGAAGCAAGAUAGUUUUUUUCCUCAUUGAGAGAGACAAAGCAGACAAUUAGCAACGUCAAGAGGGACAGAAAAGGCAACUUUAUUGUAACACAGAGGAAAACAAGAUAGACUUAUUGUAACGUCGACAGAGAGGAGGCAGAUCAUUUUCUGCCAUCAGGAGGGACAAAACAAACAACUUUACAACAUCGAGGGAACAGGACAGAUUUUUUACAAUGUUUAGCUGAUAGUGUUGUGGCGCCAAGAGACAACUUUGUAACAUCGAGAGAAGCACAAGAGAGCUACAAUAACGAGAACCGGGAGUAAGCAACAGAGAGGGACAAGACACGCAAUCUUGCAACAUACAGGACAAGACAUCGAGGAAAGCAAGACAAACUGAUUGGCGAUUUUACUCCAACUCCCUGGAAAAACCUUGUGUGGAAAACUGCAGCUCAUUCUUCGGCUAGUUUUAUUGUUGAUUGGAAAAGAUACCCGAGUUACAAUCAGAUUAAAACUACCUUAAUAUUCUCAUCUAAAAUAUCUGGUGAACAACGAGUGUGAAACAAGCAGUGCAGUUUUCUUUUUCGUAGAUACUGAGAAGAUACAACUGGUCUUUUGAGUGAUAUGAAAGUACCAAUCUAAACAUGAACAGGAGGACAAUUGAAGCUUCUUAGUGUGAAUUGAAGCUUGUAUAUGCCUUGUAGAACUUGAGAGAGAGAGAGAGAGAGAGAGAGAGAGAGCAUUAAAAAGUCAGUGAUAAAAAGUUACGAAAGUCAGCACUCAUUUCGAAACUGAAAGAAAAGAAAGAAAGAAAGAGAGAGAAAGCUUGACUAUGAAAACACAGUGACAUCCAUUUUUAUCAGCACUCAUUAUUAACAUGCAGAACUUAAUACUUUGGCGGGGCAUGCUGCUGCUGCUUCUGCUAGUGCUGGUGACGACAAGUGCUGCGGUAAACAGUGAAAAAACAUUCACUUAUAACAGAACCCAAAGAUCUGAGGCAAACCCCGCGGAAUACGAGGGCCACUUAACCUCAGAGAGAUACGAUGACUACUCUAUGAAUGAUGCCACGGAAGAGAGGCUAUUGACUGGGAAAUAUGAACAGUUUAUAGACGUUACUACAGAGAUCUUACCAUUGACUGAGGACUACAGUGCGUUUAUAAAUGUCACUACAGAGAGAAUACCGAUGACUGAGGAACAUGAUGGGUACUCCGUGAACACUACUCCAAUGACGGGGAGACCAUCCACAAAAAAAUACGAUAAGAAGUCUAUAGAUGUUACUACAAUAAGAGCACCGUUGACUGAGGAAUAUAGUGAGUACUCUGUGAAUGCUACAAUAGAGGAAAGACUGUCCAUUGCAGAAAAUGAUACGAACUGGAUGGAAUAUGAUGCACAGGGGAGACUGCCCACUGAGGAAUAUGAAUGGCACACUGUGGACAAUAUUACGGAGGUUUUCCUGGCUGAUGACCUGCCAUGCCCUUGUCCUUACAUUGGAGCGUGCACGAGUGAUAGUCUGGGAAGCACCUACCAGAUAAAAGAUGUCGUCAAAAGCAGUACUGUUGACAACAUAACAUCAGCAAUUGACUACGUGGACCACUACGAGUGCCUGGUGCAGGACGGCUACCGCAGGAUUGCCUUGGAGACUGUGGAGGAGCUCAAUUUUGUAGUCCAGUGUAUGCUCUGCAACCCAAAAACCUUGUUUGGUGGUUCCGAGGUAAAGAAGAACAUCAUGACAGCUGGAUUAGUGGAGGUGACUCAGGCGGGGCUGUGGCCUCACCAAGUACUGGAGACACAUGCCACUUGGAAGAUUUGGGAUGAAACAAUGGACGGCUCAGUGCCCGAAGAAAUAGUUCUGCUUGACUCUUUAACUGGCGCCCCCGUUGACGUCUACGAACCUCUAAGUGAAGGAACCUACUCCAUCUUCCUGGUUGGGGAUUUAUCGUUGCACUGUGAUGAAGGUAAGAUAAUAGCGACCACAAGCACCACAACCACCACUACCACCACUAGUACCACCACCACCACCACUACUACCACUACCACCACCAGCACUCCUAGUGUUCCCAUUAAAGAAUGCUGUCACUUAUCGAGUGGGGACUUGCUGUGUCCUGGGUCAGCACAGUCAGAGAGUUGUCCACCUGAGUACUCUGGCUUCCAUCGUGUCAUUUGUGAACAUGGAGAAAUAAAAGAAAUUGAGGAUCGCUGCAUUGCUGACUGGAUCAAUGAUGUCAACUCUAUGAUCAAUGCUGGCAAUACAAGCGUGGUGGACAUCGCUGACAUCGUGCAGAACAAGACAGCUAAGGGCUCCAGCAUCACGGGCACUGACCUCACCUGUCUAGUGUCCGUUAUCAACAACAUGACCAGUCUGCUAGAGAUGGAGAUUGCAAAUGUAACGGAUGGUUAUGCUGAGUCCACACAAGAGCUGAUUCAGAAUUACACAACCAAGCUGGUGAGGAUUGAAGGGAAUCUGUUCACUUACGAAGCUGUGUGGGAUAGUCUUGGCAAGGACAAUUCAAGUCAGCUUGGGUCAUCUCUUCUUCAUGACCUUGAGAAAACUGGCUUCAUUUUGGCCGCUCAAGUUGAGAAUGACACUCUGAACUUCAAUGACUCUCUUCUGAACUUAACCGUUCUCUCCAGACCAAGGAAUGAAUUGGCUGGCACUGAGCUGUACUUCCCUGGGCAAUCCUCUGACACAUUCAUCCGCUUGCCAGAGAACUUUGAGAAUGAGCUUGAUGGGACUCAGGGCCGGGUGGUGGGGUUCUUCCUGGAUCAGGGGGCUGCUUCACAUGCCCUUCCUGCUGCCCUUAAUGUCCUCCCCAACAAGAUGAACCCCAAGGAGAUCAAUGGUCUUCUUGUUAGCAUGACUCUGGGCUCUCUCAAUCAGUCUGUGUCUUUUCAUGAGGGAAGCCAAGUUUCUCUUCGCUUCAAGCAUACCUACAGGGAGUCUGGCCCUUAUUACAGGGAUCUGUACCGGGACCGCCGAGAGGGAGAAGUACCCAGCAGGAUUCCAGGAUCUGCUGCAUGUGUGUACUGGGAUCCCUCUGCAAGCACCUGGGUUACCAAUGGCUGUGUGCUUGUCAACUCCAGCCGGGAUGUGACGUACUGCAACUGUUCCCACCUGUCCAUGAUCUCAAUUAUCACUGAUGUGCACCAAUAUAUGGGCCGAGAUAUUGUCUUGGAUGUGCUGGGAACAGUCCUCUCCUCCCUCUCCUGCAUCUUCCUUCUUUUUGCUAUAUGCAUCCUUCAGUUCUGCAAGGGUGUGCAGUCCAGCCCACGCAUCUCCAUCACCAAACAGCUGUGUGUCUCCCUCUUCUUGUCCCAUCUCUUCCUCAUCCUCUUCCUCGACAGGGACAUGCUCAAGCUCUCUAAUGUGGGCUGUGAGGCAAUGGCUGGUGUGCUGCACUACCUCCUCACUGCCAGUAUUUGUUGGAUGCUGGUAGAAGGCUUACAGCUCUUCCACACUGUCCACUUCACCCUUGAUCCAACCAGCUUCAUGGUUGUCUACUGGGUGAUAGGGUAUGGGGUGCCGGCAGUAGUGGUGCUGGUCACUUUGCUUGUCGCCUUCGGGUCUUGCCAGUGGAAUACACAAGACGCGUAUGGAGACAGUGAGUACUGCUGGCUCACUGCAGAGGAAGGCUACAUCUGGGCAUUCACUGGGCCCCUGGUGGUGGUCAUUGUGGCCAAUGCUAUCUUCAUGGUAUGUGCUCUCCGUUCCGCUGCCAUCCUCACAGCAAACAAGAGGAAGUCCCUGCACCACCGUAUCAUGUUAUACAUCAAGGGCAGUUUCUCCCUCAACUGUGUCCUGGGAGUGACGUGGGUGUUUGGCCUCCUCUACAUCAACAGUAACCACUUCUUUGCUUAUGUGUUCACCAUCCUGAAUGCCUCCCAGGGAGUGAUGAUCUUUGUGUUCAACUGUGUGCUGAAUGAGAAUGUGUGGACAGCAUUUGUCUCCUCCCUGCCUGCCACAUUUAGGCAGCGACUCAUGAAGAGGACUUCAGACAAAGGACUAACAUCUGGCAGAGUGACUUCAGGGGACUGUAGUACUGUAAAGAAGCCAUCCAGCUCUUCUGUCCACUACCAAAGCAACCUUCAUCCAUCACCUCGCAAGUCCCACCCAACUCACCAGGCACUACAGCUACAGCUCAAUAAUGCCCAUCUCACACCUCUUGACGGCCACCACCACAACCCUGUCAGCCGCAGAAGAUCCCAUAGAGAUAUGACGGAGCUUGACAGGAGCAAGCAACAGUUCUCCUUGGCUAGGAACCUACAGGACUCUUCCACCUCCAGGGGUUAUGACAGAAGCCAGAGGGAGGAGAAGUGGCGAUAUCCUCCCCUCACCGCUGAUGUGCUCAGCCAGGCAUUCACCAUUGUGGCCACCUCACCCUGCCAGCUACCGAGACACUCUGGUCAUCUACCCCAGAAAGCCAUCAGGCGGGUCUCAGUGCCAGCGAGGGUGUCGCCGCCAGAUCAUAGAGUCUCCCGCAGAAAGGAGAGCCAGUGGUCAGCUGAGACACAGAUCUCAUUCAUAUCAGAUGGAAAAUCCAGCCGCAAAAACUCUCUGGACUCCUCUUACACUGACGGUUAUAGUUCUUCCUCACCAUCUUCCUCUGCCUCCUCUUCACCCUCAGCCAGUUACUCAUCAAACUUACUCAGCCGCCUUGAGCACAGCCUGAGGAUCUACCCCAGCCACAAGGAGACAGGCAACCCUCACCUGGCUCCAGGCGAUGAUAUGCAGCGCUGCAUCCACACCAUUCCAGAGUGUGAAGAGAGGAGUUCUUCUGAAAAAAACAUCCACUUUUUCUAAGCUGUUUUAACCAACUGGACACAGCAUGGAACAGAUGUUGUUCUUUGAGCAUUUGUUGCAUGGCAGUGUGGUUAUAGUUAUUUCAGGAAAGAAUGAAUAUAUAAGUCCAGAUUUGCAUCAAUGGGAAUGUGGCAAUCGUAUUGCAUACUUCUGUGUGGUAUGCUGACCUAUGAAGCUGUCUGACUUUUCUGUCAGCAUAGUGACACACAGCACCAGGUACUUAUACAUCUCUCUACUUUCUGCCUGAUAUAAUAUCCUAUGAUAGAAUUACUUUGCUUUGGAUUCAGUGCAUGUGAAUUUGCUUGAGUUGUGGCAGGGAUCUGAUAGUUUAUAGUUAACUAGUCUCAUUAUCUGUAGAUGAAAUAUAUUUUUUUAAUUACCAAAAUUGAUUUAUUAUUACAUGUUGACAACAGUGACAAGUCUACUGUGCAGCAGUGCCACUGUAUAAUAUCAUACCACUUGUCAGUGAACUUGACUUCAUUCUCCUCGCACAGCUUCCUCAUCACCAGCAUUAUCUUCCUGUCCAUUACUAUGCGUGUUAGUAACAUCAACAAUUUCUUCCUGUCUAUCCUACCAUAUAACUUUUCUAAGUCCAAAAACACCAGAUAUAACUCCUUUCCAAGCUUUUUAGUCCUUUCACCACAGUUGUCAGUGUGUGGGGUGACUUGUAUUUCUAACCUCUUUUUCAUUGUGUACAUGGUAGUGAGUCACGCAGUAGGGAUGCGUGGUAUCGACAAAAUGUCAUUAUAGGUAUUACCGAUAUUUUGAAA